GUGGGGGGUUGUAUGGGUUUGAGUUGAGAAGCAUCUAAGGACAAAGGUGGGCUCCCAUCCCACACUUAUUUGUCAUUUGAGACAAAAGUGUGUACACUCUCUCACCCCUAUCACCAAGCUCGACCAAGACCUCAAGAAAAGAAGAGGAAAAGCUCUCAAAACCACCUCCAUUGUUGCAGCACGAGCUCAAGAGAAAUUGGUCCAAGGAAGGAGGUUUGAGAAGGAAAAAGUUAGGAAAAGUGUGAAUAAUUAAGGAACUUGUGAAAGGUAUUUCAAGUGAUUUCACAAAGUUGGAAAAGUCGCCGGAGUUGUCGCCGGAGUUGACCAAAAGUCACCGGAGUUUCACCGGAGUUCAACCAAGAAGGGUAGAACUUCUUAACGCUAGUUCAAGGUUGACAGUGCAAUAGUGUCAGCAAAGCAUCAACAACAAUUAAUACACAUCUAAAGCUGUGUAAUGAGACGAAGUUAUAGAUAUGACAGUGCUAUAUGACAAAAAGAUCUUCACUUUUAGGAAAGGGGGAAAAGGACAUUUAUUCUUGUCUUCUAGAGAAAACAAUAGUUAGUGUACUGGUUAUGGAACUAUUGCGGCCUGGUUUGGAAGGAGGGGCAGAAGCAGUACUAAAGCUUCAACCAAACACGUUCCUAUCUGUUGCCUACCAUCCUCUUUUUGGACCCCAUGAUGAUCUGAUGCUUCUUGAGCUUGAUGAGAAUCUCCUCCCUGAAUUCCUACACCAAAGUGUAACUUUGCGAGGGCAACCAAAUGAAGAUGCAGUUCUAUGCACCCAGUCAAAAACCUAUGCCCUCAAAUUCGUAGGGACAUCAAACUCAGUGCUCCUUAUUC